AUGGGGCUCCACAACACCAAACACCCCAAAGUCAAGCAAGCUAACAUACUGAUGUUAGGGCUUGAUUCUGCGGGAAAAUCCACACUGUUGUACAAGUUCAAGUAUAACGAUGUUUUUCUAACAAUUCCAACCAUUGGCUUUAAUGUGGAUAUGAUCGAAAUCGAGAAAGAUUUUACACUGACGUUUUGGGAUGUUGGAGGACAAAAGAAAAUGAGACCGGUGUGGUGCGAUUUCCUGGAAAACACAGACGGACUGCUCUAUGUUGUGGACAGCUCAGAUAAGCAACGUCUGGAAGAAUCAAAGAAAGAAUUUGAAUUCAUUUUAAAGAACGAAUUUCUAAAAAGCGUCCCAGUCGUCAUGCUAGCGAACAAGCAGGAUUUGCCUGGAGCUUUGAACGCUGAGGAAAUAACCAGGAGAUUCAACAUGAAGAAGUACUGCAGUGACAGAAAUUGGUAUGUACAACCCUGUUGUGCCAUCACAGGAGAAGGUUUGUCAGAAGCUCUCCAAAGACUAACUACAUUUGCAAAACACUUCAGCAGAUCAAAGGAGACUUUUACAAUCUUUAAGGAAAUUGAAACACUUUAAGAAUUUCUAUCAUCAGAUUCUGGUGAACGUUAAUCAACAAAUUUUGUUGGACAGACUAAAUAUGAAAAUAGUGGAUUCUGGAGAACUCUUAUAAAUAUUUAUAAAGAACUUCAGCAAUAUUAAAUUAUACUGUUAUACCUGCAGAUGCUUCUGAGAUACUACUCUCCAGCAUUUUAUUAGUGAUAGUAUACUCGAGGUUAUUCAGCUCAGAAGUGUGGCCGUUGAAAAUGAAAUGUUGAAAAUGAUGAAAAAGGUGGAAUUGAGCUUCUUGAAUUUUAGCAAGUGGAAACAAAAUAGGUGAGCAGUGCUUAAAAUGCUUAAAUCAUUUUGUCAAGAUGUAAAAUAGCCAAGCCGUUCGUUCAGCAAGAAAAGCAAGAGAUAAAAUGUUAUUCCGUAAUAAAUGCU